AUGACGGAAUCCUUGCAAUUCUUCUCGCCCAAACGCAAACGGGAACCCUCAGAAUCGGACUACUACAGUCCAUCUCCAUCGAUAACGUCCGAUCAUUCUAUCGAGACCUCCCAUGAGGGUCGCAUUGUCGAGGAAGCGGAUAUAGGCAGCCACAGCCCUCGUGCGGCCGUCGCGGGCCGCUUCAAGAAUCUGAACAUUAGAAGCGAUAAUGGUACAAUACCAGUGCACUCGACUAUUUCGCCAUUAUCCUCGAAGUCACCAUUGCCGGAGCUUGCCCCGUCAGCACGAGAAAGCAGUGAAGGAAAACCUUUUGGUACAGCCUCAUCUACGAACGUCCAUACCGUCGAGUGGACUGCAAUUGAAACCCAGCAAGCGAGCAUCGACAGCGAAUGCCAGACACUACCAGACUCAAAUGCUAGACUCGUAACACCAGUGUCGACCCCUUCGAAAAGGAAGAUCAAGUCGCCUUCCCAAUCGCGCUGGAGUCCAUCUUCCAAAUCCCCAAGAAGGCGGUUAUCUCCUUCGCCUUCAGCUGUCUCAGAAGUCGAUCCGCUCACAUGGCAUGACGAUGAAAUCACUGGACACAACCCGACUGACCCCAGCGAUGAUGGGUAUGGCAUCAACGGGAUAGGGUUCAAGCCGACCGCGGCUAUAGCAUGGGCUCGGGCCCGAAAACGCCAACGACAAGUGGAGGAAUGGAAAUCCCGCGAAGCACGAGAAGCUCGGCAAAAACGCCAGGAAAGACGCCACGAAGGCUCAAGUGACGGAGAAUCGCGAGGUGCACACAAAUCUACGGUUCAAAAACGGGUGAAAUUCGACGAACCGGGCAGUGGCUGA